UUAUAAAAAGACACCAGCUCCAAGCCAAACUAAAGUCCCACCCACCAGCUCUCAUUCAACAAAGCCCACACGCAUUUUCACACCACCGAUUUAAAGCUCAGCCGCGCACCCUCAAAGCCCUCACAUUAUUCCCAGCAAAGCUAGCUCGCUCCCUCCACAGAUUAAAAAAAACACAGACAGCAAUUUAUGGACUCUAUCAAUUCCUUCAAAGGAUAUGGUAAGGUGGAUGAGGCAGAGCAGCAAGCCUUCCGGAAAAAAUCGCGGAAGCGUCUGAUCAUUAUCGUUGUCUCCUCCAUUGUUCUUUUAGCUGUGAUAAUUGGUGCUGUUAUAGGAGCUGUUGUGCACAAGCGAAACAACAAGUCAUCAUCCAACCCGGUUCCUCCUCCUGAGUUGACUCCAGCCACUUCACUGAAGGCGGUUUGCAGUGUGACCCAGUACCCAGCCUCAUGUUUCUCCAGCAUCUCUGCCCUUGAAACGGGUAACACCACAGACCCAGAAGUGCUUUUCAAGCUCUCUUUACGUGUUGCAAUGAAUGAGCUCUCCAAGCUCAAAGACUACCCCGAUAAGCUCAUACAAAGCAUUAAGGACACAACCCUUCAAGGUGCUUUGAAAGUCUGCGCAACCGUGUUUGAUGAUGCUGUAGAUAGACUGAAUGACUCCAUAUCAUCAAUGGCUAUUGGUGAAGGUGAACAGAUUUUAUCACCAGCUAAAAUGAAUGACUUGAAGACUUGGCUCAGUGCUACAAUUACCGACCAAGAAACAUGUUUAGAUGCUCUACAAGAGUUGAGCACUACAAAGCAUUUUAACCAGACACUUGUUGAUCAAGUCAAGACAGCAAUGGAGAACUCUACCGAGUUUGUUAGCAAUAGUUUGGCCAUUGUUGCAAAAAUCCUGGGUUUGUUGUCUGAUUUCAAAAUCCCAAUUCAUAGAAGGUUACUUGGAUUUGAAAGAAGCCAUAUUUCAGAAUUUCCUCAAUGGGUUAGUUUUGGAGAUAGAAGGCUCCUUCAGGAGUCUAAACCGACGCCGAAUGUCACAGUGGCGAAGGACGGUAGUGGGGACUGCGAGACCCUACGUGAGGCGGUAGGAAAAAUUCCAAAGAAGAGUGAAUCAAAAUUCAUCAUACAUGUUAAGGAAGGUGUAUAUGUGGAGAAUGUGAUUUUGGACAAAAGCAAGUGGAACGUGAUGAUUUACGGUGAGGGGAAGGACAAGACAAUUGUUUCAGGAAGUCUGAAUUUUGUUGAUGGAACACCCACCUUCUCUACUCCCACUUUCGCGGUUGCGGGCAAGGGGUUCUUUGCCAGAGAUAUGAAGUUCAUUAACACGGCUGGGGCAGAAAAGCACCAGGCAGUGGCCUUCAGGUCCGGCUCGGACAUGUCAGUAUUUUAUCGGUGUGCAUUUGAUGCAUUUCAGGACACGCUCUAUGCUCACUCAAAUCGACAAUUCUACCGUGACUGUGACAUUACCGGCACCAUUGACUUCAUUUUCGGCAAUGCUGCGGUUGUCUUCCAAAAUUGCAACAUUCAGCCCAGGCAACCCUUAGCCAACCAAUUCAACACCAUCACAGCCCAGGGAAAGAAGGAUCCUAAUCAAAACACUGGCAUUUCAAUUCAGAAGUGCAAGUUUUCUGCUUUCGAUAAUGUUACAGCACCAACUUACCUUGGUAGGCCUUGGAAGGAUUAUUCCACCACUGUCAUUAUGCAGUCCGAUAUCGGGUCAUUCUUGAGACCAUUAGGUUGGAUAUCAUGGGUCAGUGGUGUGGAUCCACCGGCCACCAUAUUCUAUGCAGAGUACCAGAACACUGGUUCUGGUGCUAAUGUUGAUGGAAGGGUUAAAUGGACCGGUUACAAGCCAGCUCUUACGGUGGACGAGGCAGGGAAAUUUGCUGUGGACUCCUUCAUCCAAGGCAGCGAGUGGUUACCGAAAACCAGCGUGACAUUCCAAUCAAUGUUAUGAUUUAAAAUUGUUUGGAGGGUGUGAUUGUGAUGAAGUGCCAUAACCAAUUAUCGGUCAAGUUUGGUAAAAUUAAAAUAUCGCCAGAAGAGGAUGAUUUUUACCUUUACUGUGUUCUUUCUUUAGAGAGGAGAGGAAAAUGUUCAUAGAUAUUAGUGUUCAAACUUUCUUCUUUUGUUACACAUUUUAUUUUUUAUUUUUUAUUAUAAAAAAAGUGUCAAUGAGUUAUCCUCAA